AUGAAUAUCUGGCGUAUAAUUAUCUUUAUCUUGUAUUCAUUAUUGGCUUGUUUUUUAAGAGUAUUUGUUCCAAAUAGUAUUCGUCGACCAAUUCAGAAAACGGAUUAUCCACUUUGGAAUACUACAACAAUAACGACUCCUUAUCGACGACCAAUAACCAUAGCUCAAAUACGUUUAGAUUGGCUUGAAAAAAUGGGUCUAAUAAAAAGAACAUCAACAUCUACAACAUCAACAUAUUUUUUUAAACCACGAUUGUAA